GCGGCGGGGCGAGGAGGGAGAUCCAAGCGGCGGAGCCAUGGAGGACUUGGAAAAUAACACCACUGUCUUCUCCACCCUGAGAUCCCUCAACAACUUCAUUUCUCAGCGCAUGGAGGGGGUGUCUGGACUGGCCACCCCGGGAUCGUCUCAGAGCUCCUUGCAGACCCAGUACCAGCAGAGGGUGCAGUUGGAAGAACAAGCUGGGCAGAUCCACUCCAAAUCCCAGCUCCUGCAGGUGGAACGAGAGAAGAUGCAGAUGGAGCUCAGUCACAAACGAGCUCGCAUUGAGCUAGAGAAGGCAGCUAAUACCAAUGCCAGGAACUACGAGCGAGAGGCUGACCGUAACCAGGAGCUGCUCACACGCAUAAAGCAAUAUCAGGAAAGGGAAGCAGAAGCUGAAAAUAAACUGAAAGAACAAAUGGAGAUGAACAAGUCCUAUAAGAAGAGCAUGGAGACGAUGAGUAAGAAGCUGCAAGAGAAGGAGAGCAAAUUAGCUGAAGCUAAUGAAACAAUCACUGUAUUAAAAGGGAAAAUAUCAGAGCUGCAGUGGAAUAUAAUGAACCAAGAGAUGCAGAUGACAAGCCAAGACUCUCAGAAGCAGGAGCUGAUGGAACAGCUGGAUGUUCAACAGAAAAAAUGGCAAGAGGCCACUCAGCAAAUCCAGACGUUGCAAUCAUGCCAAUCUCUACUGGCAGAGUACGAACAGAAGAUUAAGGAUCUGGAACAGAAGAUCUCCCAGCAGGAACAUGAUGCUCUAAUUGUCAAGAACAUGAAGGCAGAGCUGGCCCGUUUCCCAAAAAUGGAACGGGAAUUGCGCCAACUCAGGGAGGAAAAUGCCUACUUCAGGGAAAUGAAAGAAAACAACGGAUUGCUUAAAGAGGAGGUAGAAGGUCUCCAAAGAAAACUGGAACGUUAUGAGAAAGUCCAAGCACAGCUUGUGUCUGUUGAAUUGGAAAAUGAGAAACUUCUGGGAAAAUUAAAAAGCUGGGAGAAACUGGACCAGAGCACUGGCUUGAAUAUCAGGACACCUGAUGAUCUCUCAAGGCAAAUUGUGGCCCUGCAGCAGAGGGAGAUCGUGCUGAAAGAGCAGAACUCCACCAUCACCAACAGUGCCCGAAUACUGGAGAAGGCCCGGCAGCAGCUGCAGGAGGAAAUUCUGCGGAUUCAGAGCCAGCUCUUAGAGGAGAAGAAGAAGCGAGAGCAGCACGAAGCCCUGGUCAGGCGGCUGCAGAAACGGGUGCUGCUGCUCACCAAGGAGCGGGACGGGAUGCGAGCCAUCCUGGAGUCGUACGACAGCGAGCUCACCCCGGCCGAGCACUCGCCCCAGCUGAGCCGGCGCAUGCGGGAGGCGGAGGAGAUGGUGCAGAAGCUGCACGCUCAUAACGCCGAGCUGGAGGCUCAGCUGGCUCAAGUUCUGGAAGAAGUGGGAAAUCAUAAGCAAAGAGCAGAGAUGCUGGAGGUGGAGAUGAAGGUCCUGAAGUCUCAAGAGUGCACAGCUGAGCAAAGUACCGCCAUCACCAAGGAGGAGGUUGACACCCUCAGGCUGAAAAUCGAGGAGCUGGAAGCUGAACGCAGCAAACUGGCAGAGGAGAACAGAGCUUUGGAGAUUAAACUGGAGAAGCUGACCCCUCAGGAUGACUAUGACCCCAGCAGGAUCAAAGUCCUUCAUUUCAGCGCGAACCCGGUGAGCUUGGCCAAGCAGCAGCGCAAGGAGGAGCAGCAGCAGCUCCAGGAGGAGUGUGAGAGGCUGAGGGAGCUGGUGAGGGUGCUCGAAGGAGGUGGCUCCAUCCCAGAGAACCUGGAAAGAGUCGGGAGUUUCCAGUCGCAAGAAAUUACAGAGCUGAAGAAGCAAGUGGAAAGUGCAGAAUUGAAAAACCAGCGUCUGAAAGAAGUUUUCCAGACCAAGAUCCAGGAGUUCCGCAAGGUGUGCUACACGCUGACGGGGUACCAGAUUGACAUCACGACCGAGAACCAGUAUCGCCUCACCUCCAUCUACGCCGAGCACCAAGGGGACUGCCUGCUCUUUAAGGCCUCCAGCUCUUCUGGUGGAAAAAUGCAGCUUUUGGAAACCGAGUUCUCGCGAACCAUCCGGGAGCUGAUCGAGCUGCACCUGCUGCGCCAGGACAGCAUCCCUGCCUUCCUCAGCGCCCUCACCCUCGACCUCUUCAGCCGCCAGACCAUUGCUUAGCGUCCCACCACCAGCCACCAGCCAGCUGUGGAGCCCUCCCAGGCAGGACUCUUUGAGGUAGCAAGGACAAAUUCUCCCCUCCCACCCUUAAUUUGUGGCAUUGGGUUGCUUCUGUUCUGGGAACCCCUUCUUCCCCUUUCUUUCGUACUGAUUUCUCUGAAAAUAAUCAUUUCCCUUCUAUGGGAGGACAAGUCUAGCUCCACCCCAAGACCUAUUCCCUGCCUUUGAAGUGGGAAAUGUGUUCAUCACUGCCCAGACUGUCCCAACAUCCUUUUCCCCAAAUCUGGGUCCUGGCAAAGCGAUGAGCCUUGCAGGAGGGUGGUGCCUCCUGCCCACUGGUUGUCCUCUCCUGAUGGGAGCCAAGGGCUUGGUCCCCGAGGACAAGGACCUGGGGAAGGAUCAGUCAUGAGUAGCAGGUUCUUUGUGGGUACCUCCUGCUCAUGCAAAUAGCUCAUCACUCAACAGGGUUGAAAUUAUUUUCAAGUUAGACAGUUACCUGAGUCUACUGUCACUCAGCAGACAAGCAGAAGCAUAAAGGGCCAUUUGAGACCCCGUGACACAUCUGUGUUGUGUGGUGUGCUCAGAUGUCACUGAUGAGCUUUUUGUUCCUCACCAAGGCUCUUGGGCUCUCGAUUAUCCCAGGAUUGCAGGAGGUGGGAGGGAGAUCUUCGGGGUGUGCUUUCGCCUGCCACCAGGCUGGGGGUUCCUGCUUGCCUUGCUGGGGGUCUCCCUUCAUGGAGGAUGGAGCACCCCUUGAAGCCUGAUGUUUUGUUUUACAAGGGAUGUAGCUCUUUUAUUGUAAGAA